AUGGGCAUCGGAAGUUACUUCAAGGCGAGCAGCAAGCCCGAGCAGGCUGCGACUGCGCCGCCUCGCGCCCACAAGCCUAAACAGCCGUCAGCGGCUUCAGAAAAGCCGCCAUCAGACCGCUUUGUCGGAAACGACAUGGAGCUUCAAGCGCCCACCCCGCGCUUUAGCUCGCGUCCCCAGUCUGUCUCGGGUCGCUCCACAAAGUCUGCUGCCAGCAGCAUGUUCCUCGACGACAUUAAGCAUGAAGUCAUGGUCAACUACCUGUACCAGCAGCAGUGUUCCCACCUCUGGGUCAGCGACGGGUCUGGCGAGAUCGAGGGCGUUUUGCUGAGGAAGCACCGAGGCCAGUACAUGGCGUGCCCGCCUCAACUGGGCAGCUCUCCCUUUGCGCAGGCCGCUGCCGCCCUGAAUGUUCAGUGCGCCAUGACUGUCAACUCCCGUGUCAUCAAGACGUUCCUGCAGUGGUCGCCUGACGCCGUGGAUGUCCCCUUGAUGAACGGUCUCCCCAAGGCCAUCGAGUCUGAACUCAUGGAGCUCGUGUGGAAGGCAGGGAAUGAAGAAGAGGAAGAAGGCGGCGAGAAACGCGACCCGAACGUGGCUGAAGUCGAGAUUGACGAAGAGAGCGGCGAGAUCAUCCCCGAGAAGCGCCCCGUUCAUCUCAUGAACACUUGGCUUGUCACUUUCACUCUGAUUCUCGUCACCGUGGCGCUCGGCGCUGCCUGGAGGUCUCUCGCCCUCCAGAUUGCCGUGGACGGCAAUUACGUUCGUCUGGCUCUCAUCUCCCUUUUCCCCAUCCAGGUUUUUACUCUGCUCGCCCGCCGCCCAGUUUGA